GUCGCUGGCCCGACAGAAGUGAAUAGCAACAACAGCGGCAUUAGCGACAAGUGACGCUCGCUGGCGUUUUCAUCAGGAACCACCGCGCCGAUGUCUCCGUGAAGUUCCGAGAGUCUCCCGGUGCCGGUGACAAUGACGCCGAGAUGACUCACCAGCGGCUUGGACAUCUGUGAUUUGACAGAAGAUGAGACUUGUUUGUAAUGACUCCUACUGUAGGCGCACAGACAAAAAACUAUAGUGAACCAUGUUUGCUCAUUGUUGCACAUAACGCUUACCAAAAACACCAACUACAUAAACAUAAAUGAUCAUUUAGUUUGUUUUGAAUGGCCCUCAGUUGACCCCCAGUGCCGAUGAUGUCACUGGCCGAGCAGUCUCAGAAGUGGUUUCCAACCCACGUGCAAGCCACUGUUCUACAAGCAACCGGUUUACAGCCCAAGGGCAAAAAUGGCACCAACGAUGCCUACACUAUCAUCCAGCUGGGCAAAGAGAAGUACUCGACAUCUGUGGCAGAGAAGACGCUUAACCCCGUCUGGAGAGAGGAAGCCUCGUUUGAAUUACCCGGCUUACUUUUGGAGGGCAACCCUGAAGUGUAUGAACUUUGCCUUAUCGUGAUGCAUCGGUCCUUGGUUGGGAUGGACAAGUUCCUGGGUCAGAGGUCCAUCAACCUUAAUGGAAUCUUUGAUAACAAGCAACGGAAGAAGACAGAUUGGUACACUUUGCAGUCCAAGCCGGCCAAGAAGAGGAAAGAACGAGGACGCAUCCAAGUGAGCAUCCAGUUCAUGAGGAACAACAUGACGGCCAGCAUGUUCGACCUCUCCAUGAAGGAGAAGCCCCGUUCGCCCUUCUCCAAGCUCAAGGACAAAAUGAAGGGGCGCAAACACGAUGGCGGCGGCUUCGGCGACGCGUCUUCGGCCAUCCUGCCGCGCUCCGCCGCGUGCGACCCGGAGUCCCACCAACGGCCCGCUGGCCCGGCGCCGGAACCCCGGACGGAAGCGAAGGCCAAGAGGUCGCUGCUCGCCGGCUCUCACAAGCUCUCCGCGGCCCAUUCCAUGUCGGACCUCACUGGGACCAGCUCCAGGCCCAAGCUGGAUUCCAUGAACCUCAUCGAAGAGAGUGGCGGCCCUCACAGGCGUUCCCAGAGCGAGAUGCCAGGCUACCAGGAGGGAGAGGCACACAGUGACCCUUUCACUGAUAUCAGUGACACCCUGCCACAGAAGUAUGCCACGCUCCCACGCAACCGCAACCCGUUUGAGGGGGAGCCCGGGCAGCUGUGGGACCGGGCGGAGCGGAAGGAGAAAAAGGAGAAGGUCAGCCUACUGGAACGCGUGACGGGGAAGAAGGAAGGUCGCAAGACCAACAACGCGGGGCGCUCGGGCAGCUCGGGGGACCUGCGCUGCCCCAACCCCUUCAGUGGAGACCUGCAGGCGGACACCAACCCGUUCGCCUCCCACCACGGAGCCGGUGAUAAAAAGUCCAAAGGAAAUCAAGACAUCUCGUUUGGCCGGAAGAAGAAGGAUGUCUAUGGCAGGAAACCGGAGGCGAAGCAGGAGAGCGCUCUCGCUUACAGCAACCUGUCCUUCGACGAAGUGGUGCAGGAACUCAUCAAGCAGAAGGACGUGGUGAGGAAGAAGGACGCCCACAUCCGGGAGCUGGAGGACUACAUCGACGACCUGCUGGUGCGCGUCAUGGAGGAGACGCCGAGCAUUCUCCGGACACCCUAUGAGCCGAAAAGGAAGGCGGGUAAACUCGGCAAAAAGUAGGAGGACCAGACGCGGGAAGAUGAGGUUUCGCUGUAGCUGUUCCAACACGUUGUGGUCAGUCAGUGGGGAGGAGUGGGAUCGAUCAAAGGCAAUUUAACGGUUCGUGUCUUUGCUGUAGAACAUUUCUAUCCAACGGAUGUCAUUUUUAUACACCUUUUUUUUCUGGCGGUGGGUAUGGGCAGGUAUUGCUCCCUUUUUCUUUCUUUCUUGAUGCCAUUGUCUGGUGCUUAAACAAGAGCAAAGUUCAUAGAUCGAUUCACGUCAAAUCCCAAAUGAUGACAAAUACUAUGUUUAAUUGAAUGGUUUGCAUUUGUGAAGAAGUAUGUUGCACACACACUCUUGACAAUAAUAUGCAGCAGUUUACCAGGUGGUGAAGUCAUCGUGAAACCCGGAUGAUGAGACCGCUUGAGUCGCCGUGUCGGUCCAGCACAAUCUUCAAACUUGCCACCUACGUUAGGAAACCUCCUCUGUGCUACAGAUGUGGACCACCUCUGCCGAGCGGCUCGUGGGUACUGUGAGAAAGGCCGUGACAGAGCUGCUGGCGCUAUCUGGCACUCAGGCUACUUUCUAGUUUACUAAGUUGUACCUUUUUUUUUACAUUUUUUUUUAUUUUAUGAACAAACAUGAAUUUAUGUGACUUUAGUUAUUUCCUUUAUUUGUGAUGACUAUCACUGAUAUGUUGGACCGAGGGGCUGAAGGUGAUCAUUUUACUAACUUUUUAAGUGCAAUAAUCACAACUUGCGUGUCUUGCUUUAUAUUCUCUUCCUGUUUACAUUUCCAAUCACAUCUGAGUCAAACUCAUCUCUCUAAUGUUGAUUUGAUCCACUGGGGGAAAAAGCCCUGGAGUUGGUCGGCCUUCAUCUCAGUCAAAUCAAGUGGGUUGUUUUCUGGUGAUUGACGAUACCGAGCUGCACAAACAUGCUGAACAAUCUUUAUUUAUUUAUGUAACAAAAGAACACUGUUUAAUGCAUUUCUACGGUACUUUUAUGGUGCAAGUGCAAGUUUAUCCCAUUACCCAGCACCCUAUUUUCUGUAUUAUCACGGUACAAUUGGUACACAUCACAGAAAUGUUAUUCAUGUUAUACGGAUAGUUUUUAUAUGUAAUUACAUCAGCAUUAAUAUCUGUUCACACAAAGUAGGUGCCUCAGUGUAUUUAAUCUUCCAUUAUUCAUAUACAGUAAGAUAAAAGUACUAAUGAUGAUCAACUCACGAUUGUUGGAGCCAAAGAGUCAUUCAGGUCCCGAGUGUGUGUUAGUCAGCCGCACCAGCAGCUGAUUGUCAUCCACCUGGGAUGCUCGUGUCAAACACAGAAGCGAGCCUGGAUCUCGCUGCUGGUACCGACACGGACUAAAUGAGUAGGUUGACUCGCCUGUGCUUACAGCUGGAUGUUAGACAGUAGAAGAAUCACUUGCUGAUGUUUUAGGUUUACAUUUUUAAUAGUGUGUGUGGUCCUUUUUAGUGGAAACUAGCUUGUGGUACAGUGUUAAAACACAUUUGUAUUAUUGUUCCUUUUACUGAAAGUCACAUGCCAUUUUUGAGGGUCUGUUUAUCAGACGACGGUCCACUCUGUACUUUUGCUGGGAUCGCUUCUGGUAUUUGCAUCCAGUCUUUUACAAUAUUUGACCUAUAAACUGUAUGAUGCCAAAUCCCAGAGUGCUACACUGAACUAUAGAAUGUCAACAGGCCAAAACACACUUUCUCCUGAUUGUUAUGCCUUGUGUAUACAUGUACCUCUGCUGCUGUAAAGGUAGUUACUUUAUCCGAAGGGACUUGGAGCUCAAAUCUCUUUUUACUGAAUGUAUUCUAGUUGGCUUUCAAAUGCAUAAUUCUGCAAUGUUCAAUGAUGUACAGUACACUGACAAGGCGUUGAACCCUGCUGGCCUUUUGAAGUAUUUGGUGUAUCCAAAGAGAUCAUUUCAUUUGGCUGUGAAUCUCCUCCCACCCUCCUCUCAGUCUGACGACCCGAUGUCUGUGUGGACUCAAAGUCAUUGUCGGUAUCAGAUGUGACACAGAUGUUGGGUCCAUUCCUUCGUAUUGGAGAACAGAUAUUUGAUGGCAGAUGUUUUGUAAAGCCAAACACAUUUUAAUGGGUUCAUAAAGUUGUGCGAUACUAAUUAAGAUGUGUGGAUAACAAUCUUUUCUCCUGCCUGCCUUCCGCCAUGUGCUGAUGUUUAAACUCACGUUCCAGGCUUGAACUAGUCUAGCUGUAGUUAGCCAGUCGUUCCCGGACCUCGCCGAGCUCUUAAUACUUCCAAUUUAAGUACUGUACGUACCUCCCUUUUGACUUGUUGCACAUUGUUGUUGUGUAACAAGAUGUUGCAAGUUUAGCAAAAUGUAAUUUUUCAACAUUGGGAAUGAAUAGCAAAUAAUUCCUCAUCAAUCUUUUAUCUGAUCCGGACCAACAUGCUUUCUAUUGGUUCCUCCGGCCUCUUCAGGCUCUUGGUGGCGUGUGGAGUUUGGGAUCAAAGAGCACCCCUCACACACCGAGUGGAGAACAGGUGAUUUACACUCGGGUCGACAUCUCGCCGCCGCAGGGCUCCGAUGAUGACAUGACAAACGGCGAGGUCUGAACAAAUACACGUUGAAUACGUUUGGGUCCUGAGGGGUUGGAGCUCCAAUAGGAAGCAACGGGUGUGCGUAGUUCAAAUCAAUUAGUCAUUUUCCUUCAGCUUGAUUGCUGCAUUUGCUUUACAUGUGCAUAUAAUGUGGCUCUUUGGGAGAUUUGUCAGACUAAAACACAAAUCUAAAUGAAAAGCAUUUUCAAAUGGUUUCAUAGAAGCAACAACAAACUGCAUCAUUAUUGUACUUCUUUCUUGCCUAUUUGCAUAACAUGUCAUCCAAUUAAUGCCAGGAUUUGAAUAUGCAAAGCACUCAAAAUGCCCUAAGGCUAAAUUUCACACAUGCAAAAAAGUAUUUUUUGUAAGUGACUGAAGUGGAAUGUCUGCCCAAUUCCCCCUCCCAAAAAACAACCCGUACAGUAUAAAAACCUGGGGAUUUUUCUCCCCCAUGUUAACGAAGCAUGCGUCAGACCGUCUGAUGAAGAUGACACCAACUUCAAGUGCGAUCUCCAAGUCUCCCAAGUCUGCUGAUCAUACGAUGCUGCUUGCCAUGGGCCACAUACAGCUGCCAGACACUAAGACUUAAGCUCUCUCUAAAUCCCCUGACGGUGCUCGUAAUGUGGCACACAGACUUGAAGGAAAUGACGGCUGUGUAUAAAAGAUCCCUGCAGGUAGCGACGCUUUACGAGUUUACAGAAUUGUGUGGAGUCCGAUGCGACGAGACGCCAAGACAAUUCAUUUGAGUUUAGUACUCCAAAGUGGUGGAGACCAAAAAUAUAUCAUUUUUAAUAUCUAUACAUAUUAUGGUCUGCACUGUGGCCGCGCCGCCUUGUAGUGUAAUGAGAUAUUUAAAAAAAACGAUAAGUAAAUCGGUGUGUUUGGAAGCCUGUCACUUCUGCAUGUCAAUCACAGGUUUCAAUUAUGUGACACUUUAUAUUACUGAUUCAUUCAGUGGUAUUUUCAUGAUGUAGAAACCACUAAUUCCACUGGUUGAAUUAGUUCAGCCCUCGUCAUCAUUCGACCUGAUUGUGUAUCUAUCUACAGUGUGUAAGUUUGUUAACAAUGUCCUGCAAUCUGUGUGUGUUUGUUUUCACAUGAUCCGAUAUGCAAGACUUAUCUGAAUGUGUGCGGACAAGAAUGUGUGGCUUUUUAUUAGUAAUGGUCUGCAUACAAACUAAGCUCUGAGAUGUAUGUAUUAACGGUGUAACACUGUUAAUUAUGACAUGCAUGAAGUGUCAACAGGUGCACUAAUUGAGAAUUAUUCAUCGAUUUACACAUUCUCAUUGUUGUGCAGUUUGAAACAUUACAUUUUAGAUAUUAAUAUCUUUCUCCUUUUCUUCAAAUUACAUGUAAUUUUCAAUAAACUUCCUGUACAGAAAAAA